AGCAAUUCAAAAAAUGCUAUUGCUGCAAGAGAUAAUCGCCUUAAGAAAAAAAGAUAUGUUGCCAGCUUAGAAGAAUCUUUAAAAGACUUAAAAUGUGAAAAUGAGCACUUAAGUUUGGAAAAUGAAAAACAAAAAAAGGCCUUAAUGGUUCUUAAAAAUGAAGUAACUUAUUUAAGAAGUGUUAUAGCAAAUCAAACAACUCUGGCUGCAAUUUUAAGAAAUGUUUCCAAAACACCAGGCGUAAAGUUGUCAACUUCUUUUUUAAACCAAACUACAAUAAAUCUCAGCAAAAAUAAUGCUGCCCUUGAGGAAAAUGCAAGUGAUGAUUUUCCUGUUACCUCAAGCACAAACAGCACUUCUCAUUGCGAUCAUGUUAAAAAAAGGAGAACUCUAAGAUCAUCUAAAUCAUACUCGUUUGUUGAAUCGCAGAAAAUUCCAAAACAAAAAUAUCAAAAAAGAAAACUUAUGGGAACCCAUCUAUCUAAAUCUGUAAAAGAUACAAGCAAAGACCAUUUCAAUGAAUGCAUAGAAACAAAAAAGGAUGGUUGUGUCUCUCAAGAUUUUGAUGAUAAUCUACCAAUAAAUGUAGAGGAUAUUGACUCUGACGAGCCAUCAGAAUUAUUGACCAACGAUACAAAAGUAGCUGCUGGAAUAUGCUUCCAUGUGUCAGGAGAGACUGUUUCUUUAGAAUUUUGCUCUCAGUGCAAUGCAAGUGCACACACAGAAAUAAUGUCAGAUCAUUCUUAUGUAAAAAUCUGA